AUGGCUGGUGAGAAGGACACCACCAUCGAGGUGUCAUGGUGCCGGCGUUUGCUGGAGAAUGCCGAGCAGGAUUACAUGAGCAUGAUCAACAGCUUGCUGAUCGAGAACAAGCAGCUCGAGGAGCUCUUGGCCCUCAUGGCUCAACAUCUCGACAACUUGGCCUCGAACUUUGUGGGCAGGGACCUGGACGGCCCUGAGGCCGCGGCGGCGGCGCGCCAAGCGGCCUCGGAGCAGUUGGGCCCGCGCCUCGAGGAGCUUUUUGAGCAACGAAGCGAGCUGAACACGCUGCGGCAAGAGCGGGCCCUGUUGCAAAAGCAGCUGUGCGAGGAGAAGAUGGAGACCCAGGAUCUCCAAAGAAAGCUGGAGACGGCCCUGGAGGAGGCCUCCGCCUCCGUGCUGUCGGAGCGCCGGUCCGAGGACGAAGACGAGGCGUCCCUGAGUAGCCGGCUGCAUGCAGCUGAAGCCUCCCGUGCCCAGGAGGCCCGCAGCCGCGAGUUGACGGAGGUGCGCUGCGCGCUCAUCGAGCGCCGGUGCUGCGACGCGGUGGCGCGCCUGGAAGCAGAGCUCCGGGAGGUACGCGCGCAGGCGGCGAGUACACCCUGUUUCAAGAGCGAGAACGGCUCCGUCCGCGAUGGCCUGGAGUCCGUCAACCACACGCCGCUCAGAGAGCAGGUGCAAGCCCUCACGGAGCAGAUGGACUUCGAGCGGGAGCUCCACGACCGGCGCCGCGCGCUGCUGGAACGCUACAGCUCCACAGAGAAGUCGAUGGCCCCGGCUGUCGGGAUAAAAGCCGUGGCUGAGGGCCCUCGAGAGAUCUCGGCCCUGAGGGUGGCGGCCGAGUCUCCUCGGAGCGUGGCUUCAGAAGACGAGGACUACAACUGGGAGGGCUACCUCGAGCGCCCCGCUGAGGGCGGCGAAUUCGAGAAGGUGUUUGUCGAGAUUCGCUCGGGAAAGCUCCGAGUGCUGCGCAGCCGCACGUCGCAAAGCCUGCUCAACGAGUACUCGCUGAGCGCCAUGACCGAACCGGCGGCGCUCCUGAAGACGUGCCCCAGGUCCUUCCAGGUCAGCCUGGCGGAACCCUCGCGCUUCCGCUGCGUGUCGGAGCGCCGGGCCAUGCAGUGGGUGGAGGCCGUCAAUGGCGCCUGGCGGCACGCUGCCAGCCGCGGGAGGACCUACACCCAGACGCAAGAAGCAGCAUAA